GGUUUAGCAAUUCUUGGGGCUAGGGUGUAGUAUGUAGUAAGUAACAAAACCAUCGCCAAAGUCCACGAGUUUCAGUCAUUCAUCUACGGUUUAGAUAUCAACUCGGCUAGGGUGUAAUUUUAACUGAUAAAUAUAAUGUACAUAUAUUACUCUGUAAUGGUUUUUUUUACUCAGUAAUGGAUGAUUUAUGAUCUGUAAUGUAUAUGUUUGCUGAGCCAUUUUUCUUGUGUUUUGCCUGUUUGAUUGUUCGGCGCACGUUUCAUGUAUUCCUGUGACGCCCCGACUUUUCCUAUUUCUUUUAAGUUAGUUUUUGGUUGACAGUCAAACUUUUAGUUGAAUAUCUUUUAUUUGUUUUGGAGAGUUUAUGAAAUUAUUAUCAUUUUUAAAGCCUAUCAUGUAUUUUUUAAGCACCCAUCCCAAUUUUUCUUUUAUUUUUUCUGUGAAACUACUUUUGGAGAACCCAAUAUUGGACCAACCGUGGAUAUGUACAAAUAUGCUCAAACCUUCCAUUCAAAUCUUUCCCCUGAGAAUUAGGAGACAUUCAGUAACAACUUCAACCAUAUAUAAAUAUAAUGAACUCCACACGUCUCCCACCUUUCUGAAACCUUGAAAAAAAUAUAGAGAAAGAACAGAGUCAGAGUAAGAGAGAGCCGAGAGUCCUUCAAAUUGUUUUCCUGCAACUCUUUGCAACAAAGAUCAACAUGCCCCCAAGACGUAGACGUGGUCAGCAUGUGGGGAACAAUGUGGAGGAACAGACGGAAGGAAGUGUCGGGAAUCCGCCCCCGCCUCCACCACCACCUCUACCCCAACCAAACAAAAGGGAGUACAUCAAAGCCUUUCGGAAAGAGAACCCACCCAAGUUCGAUGGAUUGGGAGAGCCCCCGAAGGCGGAGGCAUGGGUACGCGACAUUGAGCGUGUCUUUGAGUUUAUGGGAUGCAUGGACAGAGAACGCCUGGCCUGCGUGACGUAUCAGCUGACAGGACCCGCUGACUUUUGGUGGGAAACGAAGAAGAGAACUAUGGACCCCGCUCGCCGUGAGGCACUUACUUGGGAGGAGUUUAAGGAAGAAGUUUACAAUAAGUAUGUUCCCAUGAGUUAUCGACAGGCGAAGGUAGUGGAGUUCCACACUUUAAAACAAGGAAGUAUGACGGUCACGGAGUACGACCGCGCCCUAUGUGAGAUGACUCGUUAUGCGCCAGAAUUGGUGGAUACAGACGAGAAGAUGGCCGCAAAGUUCCGUUCCGGCCUUAGGCCAGAGAUAAGGGUAGCGGUGGCUAGUCGCAGGGGAAUUCCUUAUUCCGAGGUAUUGGGCUGUGCCUUAGAUGUGGAGGAAGCACUGCCCAAGAAUGAGAGGACAACAAACCCUACCCCAUCUGCACCCCAAGCGAACUUUAGAGACAAGAGGAAAUGGGAGGGAAACCGAGCUCCUUUUGACAACAAGAGGCGUUUCUCCACUUUUCGGCAACCACAGAAUCAUGGGCGCCAAAUUGUGCCACAUCAGAGGGGAAACCCGCAGAGAACACCCUACUGUAAUCGGUGCUCCAAGCAUCAUGUUGGGGAGUGCCGAGUUGGAGGCAUUCGAUGUUAUGCCUGCGGUGGAAACGGGCACGUGUCUCGAGAGUGCCCAAACAACAACAAAGGUGGAGUGAAGAAUGGGCAAGGACAGAGACCACCACAGCAGCCUCAACCAAUCCGACAAGUGGCCCCACAGCAAGCAAGGGCAUAUGCGCUCAAAGGGAAUCAAGGGCAGGAACCCCAAGCCAGCAAGGGCAAAGAGAAUUUGACAGGUUGAGCGGGAUGUUGCGGUGGAUGUUGAGCUGGCUUAAGU